CUCUGUCCUCUUUUGUUCGGUAUAAUUUCCAAUCGUUUACCAAUCGGAUUGAAUUAUCAUCAAAAUAAUGAUUAUCAUCAUCAGCGAUCAACUUUAAUCUGAAUCCCCUCUUGUCUGUGUCACAUAUUCAUAUUUCAUAUAACGUCCAUCCUCUCUAACUUAAACGGCCGGAUUUCUAGGAACUUUAAACCAAGUUUUCAUCUUAGUCUGUCCCUGGGCUGUGCCGACAAAGAUCAAGUUCUUAUAGCCUCCCGACCACCCCGAGUUUCUUAAUUCCACCUCUCAACUUAUUGGAUAUAAGUCUUUGGGAUCAGCCAGCUUUGUUGGAUUUAACGCAGGUGACAGAAUCUGCGAAGCUACUUUUUCUUUUCUCGUGUGAUUUGUUUCCCUUUUGUGUAUUUCACAUCAAAUCAACUUGCAAUAAAUACCGGCAGUUUUUGAAGUUGAUGCAAAGAGUAAACCACCUUAGGAGAAAGUAUAAAUUGAUUUGGAUCGACUUUUAAAUGCUCUACUUUGAAGAGAUUUAAUAUAUUUGUGACAUCUCGGAGUAACCUAAGUAAUUUCUUUCACCGACCAUGUCUGAUUUCAUGUUCAUUGACUUGUUGACGCAUCUUCAAGUAUUGACUUUGCGAAUAAGAGUUUUGAUGGGAUAAUAAUGCGACUAUAUACCACCUUCACGUGUCGCCGGAUUAAUGAUACUCUUCUAACAUCAUUUUGACUUUGAAGAAUAAUAUUUGUUGUAUUUAUUUAUCAAACACUAGUCACAAUUACACAGGAAUAAUGAAUCAAGGGACUGUGGUUUUUCUGGUCUUCUUGCCGCUAACUUUAACGAGUCGUCCAUACGACAUCAGCUCGAAUGAGAUCUCAUCUUUCAACGACCCCGACUUUAGUGACAUCCGCAACGCCCAGACUCUCUGCCGGACCUUCCCGGGAAUGAACCGGAAGCAGAUGCAAUUAUGUCGACGAAUGCCCGACGUCACAGCCGCCGCCAUCCAGGGAAUCGACAUGGCCGUUCAUGAGUGCCAGCACCAGAUGAAGAAUAGACGGUGGAAUUGCUCGAGCUUGGAGAUGAGACAUGGUAACCCGUUUGCGCAUGCCCUUAUGUCAAAAGCAGGUCUAAAGGAGACGGCUUUUGCCCACUCCCUUGUAUCCGCCGGUGUCCUGUACCAAGUGACGAGAUCGUGUAGCGCCGGUAAGCUUCCAUACUGUGGAUGUGAUACUCGGUUUGUAGGUAGCGGUGAGGGUUUCGAGUGGGGUGGAUGUAGUCACGACAUCAAGUUCGGCGAGGGGUUCGCUAUCGACUUCUUGGACAGCAGUGAGAAAUCGGGCCGCGAUGCACAAGCGAGGAUGAAUCUACAUAAUAAACGAGCCGGAAGACUGGCGGUUUCCCACUAUGCUGAAAAGAGAUGUAAAUGUCACGGCAUGUCAGGAAGCUGUCAACUGAAGACGUGUUGGAUGCAGACUCCUCACUUCAGGGAGGUCGGUAGCCGUCUCAUGGAGAAGUUUGCAGACGCCCUCGAGAUUCGCGCGCGAAACACUAACAGUGGAAGCGUAGAAUUGGUAACACGGGCCAGAUCUCAGGUCUCCUCCCAUCGCAAAAGGCGCCGAUUCCCGCCUCAAGAAGAGCUGGUAUUCCUGGAGAAGUCACCCGAUUUCUGCGUUGCGAACCCCAGGCUGGGCAGUCCCGGCACGAGAGAACGCUAUUGCAAUCGCACAAGCACGGGCAUUGACGGCUGUGAUAGCUUGUGCUGUGGGAGGGGCUACAAUAUUCGGUUGGAGAGAAGGACAGAGUGGUGCAAUUGCACGUUUCAUUGGUGCUGCUAUGUCAGGUGCCAGCAAUGUCACAGCUCACAAUGGGUUAACCAGUGCAAGUAGAUGACGUCAUGGAGACGAUGAUGUGAAAUGGACACAAAUGAAAGAACCCGAAGGUGAUUGUAAGCAUGAUAAGGAAACAACCUUCUACAUGAUGUGCCACUAAAACUGCAAUUCAGAAAACUAAGUUUUUGGAUGACCACGCCCAUUUUUCGAGACGUUUUCGUAUAUCACACCUAAAUAAUGGGAUAUUUGAUAGACUCUGCAAGAAAUUAUUUUGAAUAAAAUGAGGUCGUGUGAGGUGAUUGGAUUUUAAGCAAUUCAGACCGUUGCUUGUCUAAGCAUUGAACUACUUAUCAUAUUUUUAAGUUUUUCAGAUCAUGGAUCUGUUUGUGGUGAUUUGUCACAGAAUGUGGUCAGUUUCGCGAUCGCAAGCACUGUUUUUUAUUACGUCAUAAUGACUAAAUAUAUUGGCGAUAUUACUCUUCUCUCUUUUGUGUCAUUUUACUAAAAUUGGCAAAUUUCAAUAGAUAGUCGAUUGCCUGUUUGAUUUCAACUUUUGUACAUUUGAAUUCAUAUUUAUAAUAUAAUUGUGAAUAGGAAAAAAUCGUGGGCUCUGAUAGGCAUACUUUGUAAAUUGAGAUUAUUUCGCCUACAUGACUAAUUUCAUAUAACUUUUGAGUGAGAAAAAACUAAUGUAAAUAUUUCAAUGAUACUUUGAAUAAUCAAUAAUUUAUUCACUCAGUGGUAUGCGUAAUGAUUUUUAAAGAUAAUCUCAUCAAAUAAUAAUAAAUUCAUACGAAAGCCUUGUAAUUUUCAUUGCCUACAGCGUCCAUCAUGGGAUAUCAUAACAAAUAAGUGAUGGAAUGUGUAUAAUGUUUCAAGCGAAGUAUUGCUCUGUACAAAAAAUAAUGCGACAUAACCUAAUUGUAAACUUCUUGAUUUGCCCGUUAUAUAUGUCAUAAACGUAACUAGAAUUCACUAUAUUUGGCACUGGUUAUUAUUAUGUUUUUAGUCAACUAAAAAAUAUAUAGCCAUGAAAUUUAGAGUGGAUUUAGUGCUGCUGUCCCUUCUCAAGUAAUUGUUCUUUUCAAUCAUUUGCUCCUUCAAGAGCUCCUGUUAAUGGAAUUCAGAUCAAUGUCCUCCCUUCCCGAGAAAAUUGUAUUGCAACUUUUAUCUCUCAAAAUAACAAACGACUUUGAAGAAUGACAUUUAAAAAUUCAAAGUUCUCAUUGUGUAUAAAUCCUUAUUCUUUUAUCAUUGUUAUAUGAUAAACAAAUAAAAUUGUCGAUAAACAGUACAAUUAUCUUUAGAAAAAGGUGUCAUUUAAAUGAUUUCAUAUUUAAUGAACCUUCUGUCGCCAAGACUUUGCAAUAUCUACAUUAUAUAUUUAUCGUCAUAAUUAUCGAAUGAUAUUAAUUUGUUUUGGUAAAAUUUUGCCUUGAUUUUUUUUUUUACUUUUAACAAAAUGUUAAUUGUUCUGAGUGCCUUUGUUGUCGGAAUCUGAAUCGGUAGAUGUGCUUCCUUCCAGACUAUGCAUGCACAGUAAUAUUUGCUUGUUAUUUUCUUCAGUGUUAUUCAUAUAAAAAACUCUUGUUUGUUCACUACAUAACAUUUUCAAAUAUAAGGUGAUCAUUAAUAUGGCAUAUUGUUGGUCCUACAUAAAAAUAAAAUAUCAAGGAUAUCAAUGCAUUCAAAAAGACAACUAAUCUUAGUACUGAUUCAACUUAUUGAUAAUCAGGCAUCAUAACUUACAAUCGGAAUGAACUGUUGCUGAUCCAUGUCUGUCCAUAUUUCACAGAUUCAUUCACACGAAGAAUCUGAUACUAAUUAUACUGAUUUAAUAGAAGUUGCCCUUAACUCCACCCAUAUUCUAUAUGGCGCUCCAGAGGGUAGGGCAGUACAGAAGAUCGCCCCAUGACAUUUUAAGUGGUGAAAAGGAUAUAAAAGAAGAGAAAGCGAAAUAAUAAUAUAAUAAUAACAAUACCGUGAAUUCUCUUGUUUUUGUUUUUUAUAUAUUUAUAAAUAAAGCUCGCUUUGGGGUGGUCAUGCUCCUCUAUCAGAAUAUCAGGCAUCGCUUUGCAAUUUUCUAAAUAGAUUGCUUGCGGCUUUCAGAACAUCUCUUCGUUUGGAAAGUGCAAAUUGAUAGUGUAAACGUGACGUGAGAUUUGUAAUAUAUGAUUACAAGUGUGUUUCCCUCGGGAUGCUAAUGGUCACAUAAUGAUAAGUAACUGAAACAAUAUUGAAUAAAUGCCAUUCUAUACGUUGACAACGA